ACCUUGGUCUUCAGUGUAAGAUCUGAACCAGCGGAGAACGCACGCUAUUGUUAUAUCAUUAUCAUUGUUAUCGUCCGUGGCCGUUCGCGCCCGUGCCCGCCGACUGGUGUGCGUCGCGAACAGUUUGUGUGGACGUUCGUUGCGGUACCGCGAGGGAGGCCAACAUCGAAAAUCGAUCCGAUCGCGUACGAUUGGUCACGCGUGCAUAUAACCGGUGACGGGUGCAAACGAGGGAAAGAGAGAGAGAGGCAGAGGAAGAGAUACGUGCCCGGGCACGUACGGAACCGCGUGAACGAGAGGCGAGGGACCCGCUGCGUCCCUUCGCGGCCGGCGCGCGGAUCUCCGCGGGGUCGAAGGAUGACGAGGUGCUGGUACCGCGCCCUCUGACAGUAAGGCGCGCGCAUGGGACAGUACGGUGUGAACACGUGGGAAAUCGCGGCUGUUAAUCAUCGUCAUCGUCAACAACAACGUGUUGAUCCCCAUCGAGGAUCGUUCGCGAGUGGAUUCCUCUCCCGAGUUUACAUCGCGUCUGAAGAGUCGAUAGAUCUGUCGUCGAGAAUCGUCCAAGGAGAGAUCAUCGGGUCUCCACGCUCUUUGUGCGCGCCUACGACGCGUUCAUCGUAAUCAUCGCGUAAUCUAAAGUCACCGUGCGAUGUUGGGUCUGUGUAGAUCGUAGCUACGAGCAGCUGUUAAUCGAUAGCGGCUGGUCGUAAUCAAUCAAGAAGGCCGUAGAUCAGGAUCGGGGGUAUCCGAUGACAGAGAAGAAGCGCAGGAGACUUCGGAUAUCGACCAGAGGGACGGGAAGGACAGGACAGGUCGAAAGGAGAUUGUAGGUGACGCCUAAUUAAAGCGAUUAGACUUUGGGGUUAAUUGUUCUGGAACGUCAAACUCUCCUACACGACCUCACAUUAUCGUCGUGUGUCCCCCAGCCGGAUUGAAAGGGCAAGCGAUCCAUGACCGGGCCAACUUGAUGAACCUCGAGUCGUCGUUGUUGAUCAUAGACGAGACGCAGAUUUUGGCGUGUGUCCUGGUUUCGCUUCGGUGCCAAUUGCCUGUGUGAUGGCAUUAGCUUUGAUAAUGCCCCAAGGGCAUUUUCCGUUGUCCGUCUUCCACGAGGUCUUUCCUUAUCUGCUGUCUCCUUGAGUGAUUCCGCCCGAUCGCCGUCUAUCCUGCUCUUUCAUUCGCAUUUUCGCGCCCUCUUCAUCAUCGCCUUUUCUCCGUGAUCUCUCAGUGAUCGCUUAAAAUCUUUCAUGCAGAAUCCCUCUCGUUCAUACGCACAGUCGUUUCAGUGAUACGCAAUACCCGGGGAUCCGACUCGACGCACUGUGUGGUCGCUAUGAUCUCGACGAUUGCUCAAUUAGUUUUAAACGACGGUGCGCUUCCUGAUGUUCGCCGUAAUUGUACGACGGUGGACGGGGUCGAUACGGCCGUAAACCCGAUCAGCUGGAAGGAGAUUCGAAGCCGUCGCUGCAACCCGUGUCCGGUGACAGCCUCCAGUGUCCAGUCUCCCUCCCGACUGAGGAUGUCCUCAAAGAGGAAGUCGCCACCAACGAAGCUAUCGGAGGGCGGGGGCGGUGCGGGUACAGUGGCAGGCGCCAACGAGGAGGAGGAGGAUACGACCUCGCCGGUAGCCGGUUCCGGUGGCGAGGUAACCGUGGGUGAGGAGGGUGCCGCCACCCCCGUCGACAUCGAGGAGUGCUACUCCCAUCAGAGAGGCGGCGAGUGCGAGUCGUCCGGCUGUUCGUCGCCGGCGACGACCAGCGAGCCGGAUCUGCGUGACUCGCCGUCGCCCUCGUUGAAUUCCCUGCGGACGGCCAAGCGACAGAGGCUGCUGUUCUUGUCGAACCAGGAGAGCCUCGCGCCUUACCAUCACCCCCAUCACCACCAUCAUCGCCACCACCACCACCACCAUCAUCACACGAACACGUCUUCGUCGUCGGGCGGUGUACUGGAACCAGCGAGCUCCUCGGAGUGCGGCUCGCCCCCUACCCUCCUCUCCGUCGACCCCUACUACCCCCAUCACCCGCAUCACAACAACAACAACAACACCGUCACGCAAAACAACAACAACAACAAUAACGGCAGCGGCACCGCCGCCGCCGGCAGCAAGAGGUCUAUGGACGACGUGCUGAAAAGGCUAACGUGCAAAAUGAACAGUGAAUCGCUGUCCAUCCAGGAUGACACCACCAAUACCAGGCGGACGUCGCCGCCGCUCUCCUCCACGCCGACUGGCCACAAUGCGCAUAGCGGAGGCACGACCACUAUAGCAAAUAACGUGGCACUCUCGCCCCCGGGUGCCGGAAGGAUACCAAACACGGAGGCGCAGGUACAGCAGGACGGCGUGGCGGCCCUUCACAGGGUUCUCUGCGCCGAGAGCUUCGCCGAGAAGGAGCGUCGACUGUCGGAGAUGAUCCUGCAACUGCAGCUGAUCAGGGAGCAACUGCUGCAACAGCAGGAUCAGUCGAAGUCGUAUCCCGCUCACAUGACGGUCGACUCGCAGAAGCAAAUCGAGAUGCAGCGGCUGCAAACGGAGCACUUGAAGCGGCAGCAAGAGCACAUCAUGCAGCACAACAUCCAGGAGCUGCAGGCUCAGAUGACAAAGAGUCAGCUGAGCAUGUCGGGGCCGCAGUCGUUGAUGUUCCUGCCGUUUCUCGAGCAACUCAGAGGGCUGCCCGUGCAGUCACCCAUGCCCCCGCCGCCGGCCACGUCGACCGCCACCACCGGCAACAAGCACAUCAACUCCAUCGCCAACAUGAUCAGCAGUCAUCGGGAUGGCCCGAGUUGGGCGACCGCGCACCUCGCGCAAAUGACCACGCAGAUGGAGAAGGAAUCGUCACCAGCGCCGAUCUCAUCCGCCGUAGCGCCGACGGCGCCGCCUCUUCAGGAUCUCGACGCUCCUUUGAACCUCACCAAACCGAAAUCCUCGUCGUCGGGCGCCACGGCGUCCUCUUCGUCGCCCGGCAGUGACUCGCACUCGACCGGCGCCGGAAGCAGCGGCCAGCAGGAGCAACCGUUGGCGGCGACCGCGCCCAAACUCUUUCCACCGGGGCUGCCGUUACCGCGGAAUUACCUGCCGACGCUUCCUUACGCCGGCCUGCCGCCGCACCUAAGCACUCUGUCGUCGCCGAUGGGCAAAGUAAUGGCCAAAGACGAACCCGGCGGGCCAGGAGGAUCCGUGGCGGCUGCUGCGGUCGCAGCUGUAGAAAAGCACUUCGCGAUGCACGGCCUAUAUGGACUGCCACCGAACGCGGGUGCGACUGUCGGACCUUCGGCCCAGACUCAGAGACCGAUCAAGCAUUCUGGCUCUCGGGAGGAGACGCCUCAGGAAGAUCAGGACGCCUUCCUCUCGACGUCUCACAUGUGGCGAGAUCCGGCAUAUAAAGUAGCGGAAGACAUAACGGAAAAAGCUAAAAUGGUGAGGCAGCAGAAAAGGGAGGGUGAGAAUAAACCACAUAUCAAGCGACCUAUGAACGCAUUCAUGGUGUGGGCCAAGGACGAACGUAGGAAGAUCUUGAAAGCCUGCCCAGACAUGCACAAUUCGAACAUAUCGAAAAUUCUUGGCGCCCGAUGGAAAGCGAUGUCGAACUCGGAGAAGCAACCGUAUUACGAGGAGCAGUCGCGGCUGUCGAAGCUGCACAUGGAGAAGCACCCAGACUACAGGUACCGACCGCGGCCGAAGCGCACGUGCAUCGUCGACGGCAAAAAGAUGCGCAUCUCCGAAUACAAGUCGCUGAUGCGGCAACGACGGCAGAACAACAUCCGGAUGUGGUGCGGCGUUCGCGACGGCGGCCCAGAGAUGGGCUUCUUGUCGCCUGUCGGUGCUGACCUCGGCUCCCAGCAUCACCCGGGCGCGGGUGCCGGCCCGUCGGCGCGUCCGUCGGUCUCGCCGCCGGCGACGAUGCUGAAUGGCAGCGGCGGCGCCGCCGGGCCGAGCUCGGACCACGCCACGUUCUAUUACCCGCAAGACAGUCUCUCGCCCACGGACAUGAUGAACUUCUCGCCCGAGAACUCGGGCUCAAUCGGCGGCUACGACGCGAGUCCACGGCAUCACGACGAAGAUUGAACCGUGGCUCCGGGCCAGCCACUUUGGCCGCCCGGAGCAUCAUCGUCGUCAUCCUCAUCGGCAGCGGCGGUGGCGGCAGCGGCCGCCACGGCCGCCGCGGCAGCGUCCACGUCGAGGCUCGCUCAUGAGCUCUUCUGGUAACCAGAAUCGUCCGUCUCAGGGUGACGCGCGUCCCAAGACACGGGCCGCGAGUAGCGCUGUCGGCCGUGCGUGCGGCGUCGCAGACCGACGUCGUCGUCGUCGUCGUCGCCGCCGUCGCAGAAGCGCGCCAACUGCGCGACGAAGCGGACGGACUACUCGGAGAGGACGUGCCGCUCUUCCCGGCGAAGAGCCGGCCGUCUCGUGACCUCUCGCCGGAGGUUGUGAUAUAAACGUUCUAUCUCUCUGUGCCAUCGUACACGAAACGCGAAAGGACCUGACCGCGAAGCAGAGGCGCGAGAGCGCUAUCCGCCUGCUGCUGGUUGAGAGCCUGUCGUCGGUGACGUCGCUCGAUCGUCGAUACUUUUUGCUCGGCCACGCGACUCAGUUCUCCUCGCGCAACGGCGACAGCCCAGCGAUCCGUGUGUGCAUCUUGUUGUCCCGCGUUAAAUCGCGCCCGGUUCUCUCCCACCGUCGAGUCUCUCCUUGCCGUUUCUCGUUGCUCCUCCGCUCCUCUCGAGCGUUCUCUCAACGAAACACUCGUCGAUCUCGCGUCUUUCCAACACGAACGUGCCCGAGCAGGCGUCGUCGAGCGGCGUCGGAUGCGGAUGUCCUGAAAUGUCCCCGAGACGUUGUCGCCGCGCGACACCAGAGCGACGUCUCGCACGUACGCGCGACGGCGGGAGUCUCCCCCGCAUUCUCUCUCAUCAUAAUCAAAACUGCAGUCCACACGAAAAACGCGCGAUAAACAACGCGAUCACAAAUGGUGAUGUAGCUAAGCGUGUAGAUACGAUCGGCCGAAGUUGAAGCAGCGGUCGGGAGCCGACGUUUACCGGUGAGCCUCGCACAAUAUGCGAUACACUUGUCACUCAGCGGAGGCGAAGGCGCAUUCGCACGAUUUUUGUAUAAAUAAGACAAUCGCUUCGGCGCGCCGACUCGGAUGCGACUCGCGCCGACUUCCUUGAUAUAUCGGACUUCGAUGCGCAGCGACAUUACGUUAACACGUUUGCGACACGAGAUGCAUGGCCAAAAAGUCUUGUUCCUAUUCCUUCUAGUGUGUGUAUGUGUCUCUGAAACGAUACGUCUCAUCCCGGUCGGACGUAUCGAGCAGGAAAAAGAAAAGAGAAAACGCAAAAAAAGAUAUGAUAGAGAUAUGAAAGGGAAACUGGUCUAACAGCGCAUCCCCCGCAAAACGAUCGCGCGCGUCUGGCAACGCGCGGAGACGCGCACGUGGCAUUCUAAUACCUAUCUAUUUACCUACCUAAGUGACCGCCGGCCCGUUGUCCCAUGUGCACUACCGUAUAUAACGACCGCGUGUCCGGUGUGCCGAAUCAUGGUCGGAGCAGAGUGAGAAAAGAAAAUAAAAAGGAAAUCUUAGAAGAUAAUCGCGCUCGCGCGACUCGUCCCGUGCAUAGAAACGUGUGAGGAGCGACGACUUCGUUUAAUAUUUAAAAAAAAUGCUUAGUACUUAUAGUAUUUUCAUCAUUAAUUUAUUGAUCCUAAUGUAAUACACGGCGCGUAGCCGAAGCAAUAGUCGACUGAGC